AUGGCGGCGGGCGCAGGCGCCUUCGCCUGGGCCGCCUUCCCCGCCAUGCCCACGCGGCGCGUGUACUGCAGCGCCGCACACCGCGACGGGCAGCUCUUCGUGCUGGGCGGCUGCGGGGGUGGCGGGCGAGCCCUGGGUGCCGCCGAGGUGCUCGACCUCCCAGCCCAGCGCUGGACCGUGCUCCCGCCGCUGCCCACGCCGCGGGCCGGCGCCGCUGCCCUCGCCUUGGGCAAGCAGAUCCUGGUGGUGGGCGGCGUGGACGCGGCGCAGAGCCCCCUCGCCUCCGUCGAGGUCUACCACGUGGAUGAGGGCAAGUGGGAGAAGAAGGCGGCGCUGGCUCAGCCCUCCAUGGGCAUCUCAGCUGUGCAGAGAGAUGGGGCCAUCUAUGCACUGGGGGGAAUGGGUGCGGACACCUCUCCCCAGGCGCUGGUCCGCGUCUACGAGCCGGCGAAGGACCACUGGCAGCCCCUGCCCUCCAUGCCCACCCCCUGCUAUGGGGCCUCCGCCUUCCUGCAGGGUAACAAGAUCUUCGUCCUGGGGGGCCGGCAGGGCAAGCUGCCCGUCACCGCCUUCGAGGCCUUCGACCUGGAGACAAGGAGCUGGACACGCUACCCCAGUGUGCCCAGCCGCCGCGCCUUCGCCGCUUGUGCCAUGGCCGACGGCGUCGUCUUCAGCCUGGGGGGGCUGCAGCAGCCGGGACCCCACAACUUCUAUUCCCGUCCCCACUUUGUCAACACCGUGGAGAUGUUCGAUCCCGCGCAGGGUGCGUGGAGCAAGCCGAGCCGUGCCCUCCGCAUGAGGGAGAAGAGAGCCGACUUCGUGGCCGGCUGCCUGGGAGGAAGAGUGGUGGCCGUGGGUGGCCUCGGGAACCAGUCCUGCCCACUGGACUCAGUGGAAGGGUUCAGCCUCUCGCAGAAGAAGUGGGAGCUGCUGCCCCCCAUGCCCACCGGCCGCUGCUCCUGCUCGAGCUGCCUGGCGCCCAGCCUGCUCUUCGUCAUCGGUGGGGUGGCCCAGGGCCCCAGCGGUGCCUGCGAGGCUCUGUGCCUGCGCGAGGCACCCUGA